GCAGAGCAGUCGAUCGCCCGCCACCCGCGCUCCGCUGCACCCGGCCGCCAUUGUGUAAGUGCGACCGCAGUCCGCGUCCCGGGCGCGCGGGCAAAGGGGGCGGCCGCUCCAGUGCCCGGAUGUCGGUGGAGCUGCCGCGCGCGCCCGGAAUCCCCGGGGCAGCGGCCUGCAGAGGCCAGCAGUCCGCUAUGGAGCAUGUCUUUACCCCGCUGGAGCCUCUGCUGCCCGAUGGGAAUUUGAAGUACUGCCUUGUGAUUCUGAAUCAGCCAUUGGACAAAUAUUUUCGUCAACUUUGGAAGAAAGCUCUUCUAAGAGCCUGCGCUGAUGGAGGUGCCAACCAUCUCUAUGAUGUCACGGAAGGCGAGAGGGACAGCUUUUUACCUGAAUUCAUCAGUGGAGACUUUGAUUCUAUUAGACCGGAAGUGAAGGAAUACUUCACCAGUAAGGGAUGUGAGCUCAUUUCAACCCUUGAACAGGACCAUACUGAUUUCACCAAGUGCCUUCAAGUGCUCCAGAAAAAGAUAGAAGAAAAAGACUUACAGGUAGAUUUGAUUGUGACAUUGGGAGGACUUGGUGGACGAUUUGACCAAAUCAUGGCAUCUGUGAACACCCUGUUCCAAGCAUCUGAAAUCACUCCUUUGCCCAUUAUAAUACUCCAAGAGGAAUCGCUCAUCUACCUGCUACAGCCAGGAAAGCACACACUGUAUGUGGACACUGGAAUGGAAGGCGAUUGGUGCGGCCUUAUUCCUGUGGGGCUUCCUUGCAAUCAGGUUACAACCACGGGCCUGAAGUGGAACCUCACAAAUCAUAUACUUCGUUUUGGAACACUGAUCAGUACUUCGAAUACCUAUGAUGGAUCCGGUGUUGUGACUGUGGAGACAGACCACCCACUCCUGUGGACCAUGGGCAUCAGGCUUUGACCCUGGACUGACCGACAGCCAGACGUGCCUCCAGAUUGGCUCACUUUCCAGUGACCUUACUUAGUGCACAAGAGAAACGGUUCCUCUUACUCUGCGGCCACCAAAGCCCCUCCAGGGGAAGCCAGCUAGUUUUCAGGAGGCUGAUGUUUAGACAGUCCAGUAACAGGGGAUGUUAUAUAUGACAGAUCUUAACUUUAGAGAAUGGAGCACCAUUGUUCAGUAAAUCAGCUCUGUUACAUUCUGUUGGGAAACUAAUAUGGUUCAUUCCACUAUAAAAUGUGGUCCUAAUUAUUCCGAUGCUAUUAAUCAUUCCACUUGUUCUAGAAAAUUCUUUUUUUCUGUUGCAGCUGAGCAACCUCCAACAAGCUCCCUGAAGCUCCCGCCCAUCUUCAAAUGCUUAAUGCCAAGUGUUAUUUCUGAGAGUCUACAGUAUUCCCUUCCUUUUAAUAAUGUAAGGCAGGAAAACCCCAUUCAGAUUGGGAUAUUAGAACUGUAACAUUUCACUACACCUUAAUUACUGUAUUAAAAAAAAAAAAUCAAGACAGGAUAGGAGAUAGUUCUCUCAGAAGAGUACAUAUGCACUACUGCCCUUGUCGCUAGCCCAGCACCCCUUGGGAGAACUGUGGACAGCCAUGGAGGAGGUACAAGGAUGGUAGGACAUUAUUAUUGUGGUAUCUCUUUCCUUUCUCUCAAAAAAAAUUAAAAAAAAAAAAAAAAGAUGAGGAAAUUGGACCAGGAAGGCAGUCGAAUAAUAUCCCGCAUGCUCAGGGCCCUGACUCCAUUCCCUGAUGCUACACAAAUAAAAUAACUACACUUGGAGGUAGGAAAUUAUGUAAAUAAAAAUAAAUGCUGUGAGAAAUAA